AUGGCUGUGAACAACAAGCUUGAGUAUGAGAAUCGUUUAGCAGUCCUGGAGGAGGAGGAACUGGGGCUGGAUUAUUCUGAGGUGGCUAAUGAAGAAGGAGGGGAAACAAAAGGCUGGUUAAUUGGGAGAUUCUUGACAGACAAAUCUGUUAACUUGGUAGCGAUGCGACAAGUCAUGGCUAUGGUCUGGAAGCCGGUGCGGGGUGUGAAGGUGUCGGAAUUGAAACCAAAUGUUUUCCUUUUUCAGUUUUACCAUGAGAUGGAUCUUGCGAGAGUUGUUAAUGAAGGACCUUGGACGUUCGAACAUCAUCUGUUCUUAUGUCGUGAGGUAAAGCGUGGAGCGAUAGUGGAGGAUGUUGAACUAUGGGAGGCGGAGUUCUGGGUUCACGUGAAUGAUAUUCCCCUUGGAUUCGCAUCAGAGAAGUUAGCAAAAGAUGUGGGGAAUGUGUUAGGAGGGUUUAUUAUGCAAGACAUCAAUCCAAAUAAGAAUGUUGGUGCUAAUUCUCUAAGAAUUAGAGUAAGAAUGGAUAUUCGGAAACCGUUGAAACGACGAACAAAGUUUAAGCGUGGUCCAAAUGCGUGGAGCUGGCUGAAUUUUCAGUACGAAAGGAUACCGAUGUUUUGUUUCUACUGUGGAGUUCUUGGGCAUUCAGAGAAGUUCUGUUCUCAUUAUUUUGAUAAUCCGAUACCUAAAGAACAAUUGCCGUAUGAUGCGGACAUGAGAUUUAAUCCGAAAAGAGUCGAUACCAAGCUUGGCGACAGAUGGCUGCGAGAUGACAGUCCUGUUAGGGUUUCCAAGGAGCAAGAAGAAGAUGACGUGGAAAUUCUAAAUGGUAAGAUUUCUGAAAAUCUUUCCAUUCAUAAUCCAAUAUUCAAAAUUGGAAAUACAGGUACUCGGAGGGAAGAUAUGGUUUACUCGGAUGGGAAUGAGAUUGUUGGGAGGAAGGAAAGUAAUUUGAAUAAGCAACAAUUCCCUAAAUCUAAGGGAUUAGCUGAAUCUAAAGUUUCAGAAGUCGAUGUUGUGGUGGAGGCGGAUGCUAAAAGAAAACGUGGAGUUAUAAGGGCUGAGAUGUUGGAAUUGGAAAAUGGGCCUAGUUUUCAUAGUAAUGAUAUGAUUAUAGACUCAAAUAGUGACAGACCGGCGGGUUCUGGAUUCCAGGCCCGCCCAAUACAAUGA